GAAUUUCAAAUCAUAAUUAUUCAGAAAAGUUGAACGGUGGAUAUCAAUGGAUCCAGGGAUCUGCACUGCUACAUUUGCUCGAGAGAUAGAGCUGUCAGCUGGAGACUUGGUGGUGUCGUGAACGAUCAGAUACCUUGUCACUGUAGAUUUCUCUUACCAUGCAAAUAAUUUAAAUGAUCCAAUAAAAUUAACUUCUAUCAUUAGUCCAUUUUGCCAUUUCUCGUCUUCCCUUGCAAGGAUGGUGACCAUUCCUGAACCACCAAGUUUCCACAUGGCUUCAGUGACCCUUCUCUAUGCUUCCAGAAGCAAGAGAAGCAGGAAGCAGAAACAGCUAGAACGAAGACACAAACAAUUCCACCAGAACAGAAAAAGCACCGUCCUUUCUUUCCCAAAUUCAUCCCCAACUCCACUACUGAUCAACCGCAAACCUCAUACCCUGACUAAACUACAAGCCUUAGACAACGUCGUUAAAGACCUUGAAUCCUCUGUUGAAAAGGGCAUAAAAGUCGAUACCCGAAUCUUCUCUUCCCUCUUAGAAACAUGCUACCAGUUAAAUGCUAUCGAUCACGGUAUUAAGAUUCAACAGCUGAUACCCACCACUCUGUUGCGUAAAAACACUGGCAUUUCGUCGAAAUUACUUCGGUUGUAUGCCUCGUGUGGGCAUAUGGAUGAAGCUCACCAGCUGUUUGAUCAAAUGGCUAAGAGAGAUGAGUCGGCCUUUGCUUGGAACUCGCUUAUCGCAGGGUAUGCUGAACUGGGUCUAUAUGAAGAUGCCAUCGCGCUUUAUUUUCAGAUGGAUGAAGAAGGUGUUGAACCGGACCAGUUCACGUUUCCUCGCGUGUUUAAGGCUUGUGGGGGACUUGGUUUAAUUCAAGUUGGUCAGGCAGUGCACAGGGAUUUAGUCCGAUUGGGUUUCGCAAAUGAUGGAUUUGCGCUAAAUUCUCUUGUUGAUAUGUACGCAAAAUGUGGUGACAUUGUUAAGGCUCAAAGGAUAUUCGACAAGAUCGCUUCUAAGGACUCUGUUUCGUGGAAUUCCAUGCUCACGGGUUACGUUCGUCAUGGGCUACUAGUGGAGGCAUCGCAUACUUUUCAUAGGAUGCUUCAAGAUGGAGUUGAGUUGGAUUCAGUGGCAAUUUCCUCAAUUCUUGCAAACGUAUCUUCCCUAAAACUGGGAGUUCAAAUUCAUGGAUGGAUUGUUAAGAAAGGAAUGGAGUGGGAUUUAGCCACUAUUAAUUCCUUGAUUAUAAUGUACUCGAGUAAAGGGAACUUGGACCAAGCACGUUGGUUAUUUGAUCAUAUGCCGGAAAGGGAUGUUGUAUCAUGGAAUUCCAUAAUUUCUGCUCAUUGUAAAGACCCUGAAGUGUUAUCUUACUUUGAGAGGAUGGAGAGGGAUGGUACUUUGCCAGACAAUAUCACAUUUGUGUCAGUACUAUCUGCUUGUGCUCAUCAGGGUUUGGUGAAGCAUGGGGAGAAGCUAUUUUCAUUGAUGAGAAAGAAGUAUGGAAUAAAACCUAUAAUGGAACACUACGGCUGCAUGGUAAAUCUUUAUGGGAGAGCAGGAUUAAUCAGCGAGGCAUAUGCCAUGGUAACAGAUAAAAUGGAAUUUGAUGCUGGUCCAACUGUUUGGGGAGCAUUGUUAUAUGCUUGUUACCUCCAUGGGAAUGUAGAUGUAGGAGAGGUUGCCGCUCAACGUCUUUUUGAACUGGAGCCAGAUAAUGAACACAAUUUUGAGCUUUUAAUGAAGAUUUAUUGUGAUGCAGGUAGGUUGGAGGAUGUAGAGAGAGUGAGAACAAUCAUGGUUGAUAGGGGAUUGUGAUUGUAAAUGUGUAUUGCUACGAUCUACACCCAAUGGAGGACUGCAGUUUCAUUAGGUGAAUGGUGGACAAACCCGCAACCCACACAAUUCUAUGGGCUUUUCUUUUCCUUUA